AUGGUUCCACAUCCAAAAAAGCGGGGACGCAAUCCGUCCAUUAGUAAAAAUACUCCAAUCACUACUACUACUAUUAAUACUACCAAUAUUACUAAUACUACUACUACUGGAGAACAUAAUACUACGGAGCUCACCUAUUUUGAACUCUUCAACCCGCUGCUGCAACGGUAUCUCUCACUUCCGGUAUCUGCUACUGCAGAAAGUGAUCCAAACGCCAUUUCAGAAACUAAUCAAGAAGUUCAUGGAAAACAGAACAGUAAUAAUAAAAGAAAUGGAAGUAAAACAGAUGAUAGAGUAAACAUCACCGUACAGGAACAAGAACAAGAGUCAAAGGGAAAUAUGACACCACAUCAUCGUUAUGAAAUCCUUCGGGAUUUUACAUUCCCCAACUCUGUUAGUGCCUAUCUGCACCGUGUCUCUCUUUUACCAACACUACCAGUUGUUACAGCUGAUCAGACGACUAUGGAUGUUCUCAAUCAUCAUGAUAAUAAUAAUAAUAAUAAUAAUAAUAAUAAUAAUGGUAAUAAUGAAGAUGGUGAAAAGCGUCGUCGCGUUGAGGAGCAUACGGAUCUUGACGAGAAGGACGUGCUUGCUGAGAUUCAACGCGAGGCAGAGGCGCGGCUUCCUCCAUUCGCAAACGAUAGUGAAUUCAUUACAGCGCAUGAGAUGCGGUAUGUCUGGCGUGAUUGGGUUACACUUACCAGCGGUAUGUUUAGUGGUAAUGGUCAAAUGCAGCGGGUGAUUACUGGAGCGAGAUUAGACAUUUAUCAUCAAUGCCGCCCCUGUCAAGCCGCGGCGUUAGCGCAGUAUACACAACAUAUUACAAUUCGACUACAAAAGAUGCGCAUGUCUCCACGUAUUGUACGUGUGGCACAGAAAUUUCGUUUACAACAACAUGAGUUAACAGCAUUAAUUUAUUUACUUGUCUGUCAUUGUGGUUCACUUUGGCCAUUAAAUUACAGUGGAGGUGGGGCCCUCACACCAGCCGCCGUCGCUUAUCAUAAUGAACUCAAUUCAUUUCAACUCAUGCAUUUCCUCGCUGAUUACCGUGAACAUAUGAAACAGGGUGUUGUGACUACAGAUGUGAAGAAUAAGAGCAGUUUUAUGGAUAGUAAACUUGCCAUACCGCAGGAAACCAUCGCCGCACUCUCUGGUGAUAAUCUCUCAGAGGAGCAGUUAAUUAAAUUGGAAAAGACAGCCCUUUCAGAGGUUCUUUUGGCAGAACGUGAAGCUAUUGCAGCUGCAGCAGCAGCAGUUCUAACAAAAACAUCAUCAUCCUCAUUAACAUCAACAACAGUAAUAGUGACGGCAGGAGGAGAAGGAGGUAAAGUAAAGGGAGAAGAAGAAGAUAGCAUUAAUAGAGUAAAACAUACGCAUAAGACUGAGGAUGAGGAAGAUUCUAAUAGCUGCAGUGGCAGUAGUGGAGCUAGUACACCCAAGUUGGAAUCACUUGGUAUUGAUCCAGCAGUACUGCAAAGUGGAGAUGAAAGUGCUAUAGAGAAUGCUGUAAGAGAACGAUUACAAGUAAUUUUUCCAUCUAAUCAUGAAGAAGAAAGACAAAACUCUACUACAAAUGGAACCAGUGGUAAUUUAACUGGAUUAACUUCUCAUACACAAGGAUCAUCUAAUAUUUAUGUACCCUAUGUGAAUGAUAUUGAAUAUAUGGAUGAGUCUUUUAAAUUAUUGGCAAAUGUUGUUCGUCUUCGUGGGGCAGAAAGUGAUAUGAAAGAUGAUGAAGAACCUUUAUUUUCACCAAAGACUAAAGUGGAGGCAACUAUACGUGAAUUACGAGGUAAAGUACGUGUAGCUACAGCUAUUCAUCGUGCUCGUACAGCAGCAACACUUAAAGAAGGAAAAUUUAUUCCACGUAUUGAGGCACUUUCACAGAAAUUAAAUCUUUCUGAAUUGGAAAAACGCAUUAUGCUCUUAAUGGUUGGUAAUGUUGUUUCUCAUGAUAUGUUAGUGGCCAUAAAUGGACGAUAUGUAAUGCGAGAUGGACAACGUUUAUUAACAGUUGGUUACAUUUUAUUUGUCUUGUGUGAUACUUUAAAAGAACGUGUAGCGGCCCGAAGUUCUUUCUACCGUUCCAGUCCUCUUGUGGCUAACAAUAUACUCUCACUUACAUUGGAUGGUAGUGGUGGUGGACGCACCUGCUUUAAUACAGAUUUAAUGGAUUAUGUUGUGGAUGUGGAUCGUAAAAUUGUGGAUCAUUUAAUGGGCACAGAAACUGAAACGGCAGAGAUGGUGCCUGGAUCUCGUUUAUAUAUGCCAGAUGUACCCAUCUUAAAUGUGGUACUUCCAAAGACUACGAAAGAACUGGUGCUUACAACGAUUCAACAUUAUAGUAUGUUUGAGCAGUGUAAGUCUAGCUGUGGAUUUGGAGAAGGACUUGGGGUAAGUACAAGCGGAUUGGUAUUUCUCUUUUAUGGCCCAAGUGGAACCGGAAAGACAAUGCUUGCUAAUGCGGUAGCACAUGAAUUAGGCAAACGUAUACUUCUUGUUAGUAUGCUGCAAUUUAAAAGUGAUGAUAAAGCACCAGAGAUGUUACGUUUUAUCUUUCGUGAAGCUAAAUUAAAUGAUGCGAUUAUAUUCUUUGAUGAGUGUGAAUCUAUCUUUGAAAGUCGUGAACGUAAUCCACUCGUUACUUCACUUCUUACAGAAUUUGAAAAAUAUGAUGGUCUUAUUAUACUCGCAACGAAUAAAGCUCAAGUUAUUGAUGAGGCGAUGAAUCGUCGUAUCUCAUUAAUGGUGGAAUUUCGUUUACCAGAUCAGGAAAUGCGUGAAAAGAUCUGGCAAGCCCAUCUCCCACGUAAUCUCGCCUUACAUGAAGAUGUUUCUAUUCCAAUGUUGGCUUUAAAUUAUGAACUCUCUGGUGGAUUAAUUCGUAAUGCCACGAUUGCAGCUAUUAAUAAUGCCGUGGCGAGAGAAAAGAGCACAACACCAACACUUUGCAUGCGAGAUUUGGAAGAAGGUGCACGAUUACAACUGCGUGGUUUCUUUCUUGCGGCUGAGAAACCCCCUGGUGCCUCUACAGAGUCUUAUUUUACCCCCAAACGUUCUCUCUCCCAUCUUGUGGUGGAUCGUCAAACACAACAACAACUCGAGACACUUGUGCGACUUGCCAAAGGGAGAAGUACUCUCUUCUCGCAGUGGGGAUUUAAUGAGGAAGACUGUGCAGAUCAGGGGGCGAUGUAUUUAUUUCAUGGUCCUAGUGGAACUGGAAAGAGUCUCGCUGCUGAAGGUAUUGCGUAUGAGUGUGCCUCUACUAUACGUCUCUGUAAUGUGGCGGAGUUGUUAUUAGUGGAAGAAUUAAAAGUACAUCAUGUAUUUAGUGAAGCUCGUAAACUUGGUGCUAUUAUUGUAUUUGAUGAGGCUCAAGCAUUAUUUAAUCACUCCGAUCAGGGAAGACACACCGCAAAGUUAAUUCACUAUCAUGCGAUGCGAUACCCACGACCAGUGAUAUUUAUUGUAACGACAGGAACUGAAGGUUCAGCCGGUGUGGACAUGCGGGCCUCGCCGUUUGUAUUUCAACAACAAAUUAGUUUUCGCAUGCCAACACAACAACUACGCCGUGAACUUUGGCGCCGUGCAAUUCCAGAGAAAGUACCCGUCGCCGAUGGUGGUAUUGACUUUGAUGAACUCAGCAGCACAUCCGUGUCGGCUAAACUUAUUCGUGCGGCGGCCUUCAGUGCCUGCUGCCGAGUGGCAUUGUUGGGAACGGCGGUACGGCACUUAACAACAGAGAUACUCCGUGAGGAAUUGGAGAAUUUGCAACUGAAGGAGAGAGAGCGUCAGCCUCAUGUGCAGAUGUUUGCGUAA